AUGAUCUACGCUGCUGGACAGAACAGUGCCUGCAGCGCAUGCCUGAGCCAAGCUUGGGAGCUGAGUGUGCACACUAGCUCUUCGGGGCUCAAGGUCCUGCAAGGAACGUGCAUGAAGAUGGAGCAGCUCCAGCGAGUCCUGGCUGGAGUUGCAAAUGAAGCUGGAGACAAGACUGCCAGACCACUUGCCCGCUUCUCUCGGUCUAAGUCACAGAACUGUCUGUGGAACUCCCUCAUCGAUGGGCUCACGGGGAAUGCCAAGGAAAAGCCACGGCCAAUGAUUGUUCAUGACCCUCGACCACCAGAAGAGAUCCUAGCUGAUGAAUUGCCUCAGCUUGAUAGUCCAGAAGCCUUGGUGAAGACGUCCUUCAGAAGGCUCUCACAUGCUCCACAUGGCUAGCAGAACACAGAAGCCUCGAUGUUUCUUCUCCCAUAA